UCACCCAUCCAUAUCCCCACACAUUAACAAGGGGAUUAUUAGCAUGCCAUUGCACUUGAUUAAAACUUCAAAGCAAUGUUUUAAUAGCCUUUAACAAAUCAUUUACAUAGUCUACUUAUGUCCGACCUAACAGACUUAAAAAAUCUUGUUCUUGUCUCAGAAUGCUGUUUUCAAAAAAAAAGAGAGAAAGAAAGAAAGAAAGGAGUUCCCGCUGUGGCGCACGUUGAGAGGUAGGACCUAAAUCGGAAUCAGGGCCUUUUUAUCGGAGCGCUGUCCAAGCGCUGCUGUCCAAGAUCCCAGUCUGUGCGGGGAGCUGGCGCCUGUGUUGCAGGCAAGGAAAAGGUGCCAAUUUUGUUUUGCAUGACAGAACUUAGUGCCAGACUGGAAAGAAAAAAGAGAAGCAGAAGAGCCGCGCGGAGCCCACUUAUGGGCUGCCUAAUUUCUGUGCUCGCUCCGAGCUUCUGGGGCUUGUAAACUCUUACCUUCCAGAUUUCUCCUUUACUUUUGAGAGGGAAGAGAAGCUGAUUUAGUAAUCUCGAUGGAUGCAAUACUGAAUUACAAAUCGGAAGAUACUGAAGAUUACUACACGUUGCUGGGUUGUGAUGAACUGUCUUCGGUUGAACAAAUCCUGGCAGAAUUUAAGGUCAGGGCCCUGGAAUGUCACCCUGACAAGCAUCCUGAAAACUCCAAAGCUGUGGAGACUUUUCAGAAACUACAGAACGCAAAGGAGAUUUUGACUAAUGAAGCGAGUCGAGCCCGCUACGACCACUGGCGAAGGAGCCAGAUUUCGAUGCCGUUUCAGCAGUGGGAAGCUUUGAGUGACUCGGUGAAAACGUCAAUGCACUGGGCUGUCAGAGGUAAAAAAGAUCUGAUGCUGGAAGAAUCUGACCAGACUCAUACCAACAAAAUGGAAAAUCAGGAAUGGAAUGAGCAAAAAGAAAUAAAGAAAGAGGAGCUGGAUUCAACCACAGAGAAAAUGGAGCAAAAAGAAUCAAAUUCCCUGGAGAAGUCAUUCUCCCCACAAAAUUCAGAUUCUCCAAGUUUGUCGGAUGUGAACUGCUGGCACUUUCGUUUCCGCUGGUCUAGGGAUGCUCCUUCAGAACUGCUGAGGAAAUUCAGAAACUAUGAAAUAUGAAAUGUCCAUACUGAGAGAAACAGUGCAAGAUCAUCUUCUGUGUUGAAAACAUGCAGUCUUUGUUCAGAUCUUUAAGUAUCAUGUUUGUGAAUUGCUGAAUACCAGUUCAUUCCCCCAUCCUUGAAACCAUUCUCCCAAUGUGUUUUUUAAAUGAGAAAAUUUUCAGAUUAGUUUCUUUAAAUAUUUGAAUAAAUUAAUGCUCUCAGAUCCAGAUUAGAUUGUUUGUUUUCCUGUUAAUGUUAUUUGUAGAAAUCCAUGAAAAAAACUGUUCUCUGUAUUUAAAUAUUUCAUUGAUAUACCAUGAUCUUUACUAGUACUGGAUAUACAAGAAAUGUUUUCUGAUUGUGGACUUAAACUGAGAUGUGAAAUUACUUGCCAAAACUUCAUUGAAUGAAAUAAAUAGUUUACCCAAAGUUCAUAA